AUGAGAACGCGCAUCUGUAGAAGUCAUAAAUUUCACUCCACGGCUUCAACAGGUUCUUCAAACGGAUCAGACGCAUCAGAUUCUUCAGACUCAACGUGGAAGACAAUUUUCAGUACACUAGAGAACGAUUCCACUUCACUUGAUAGGCAAGAAAUACGCAAUUUGAAGCCUAGUGAUACACUCCCACCCCUUAUCGGAAAUCGCAGGCAGCUUUCAAACAAGAAGACUAACAUAACUGCACAAGAAUCUGAAAUAUUUGAAGAUAUUCUCAAUCUUCUAUUCCAGCAUUCACCUAAUCAACAUCAAUCGAUCGAUAAGCGCAAGUUGCCUAAGCGUCCACGACUCAAACAAUCUGAUACAGAUCUUCUACUCGAUAAGUCAAGGGAGGAGCUACUAAGCUGUAGUAACCCCGUUGAGCUAUUUAAUUGGUCAAAACUCAACGUUUUAGACGUCGAUCCAACGAGUCCCACUCUCCCUUAUCUCCUCACUGACCUCAUGGUUGUCUUCAGGGAUACUUACAAUAACCCACAUCUCUCCUUGUCCAUAUUUAAAUACGUUAAGAACAGAGGCGUAUACCAUUAUGUUCUCGGAUGCACUACUCCCGCGUAUAAUGAACUUAUAGCGACGAAAUGGGCAUCAUUUGCAGAUAUUAAUGGUGUCAGGGAUAUUCUCGAAGAAAUGCUUACGAAUGGCGUGAAGCGUGAUGCUCGUACAGAGCAAUUAGUUGAAGAUAUACGCAAUGACGUCAUGAAGCAACAUAACAACGAUAUCGACGAACAACUUGCAGCGACGCUUCUCAGGAUGGAGUAUACGUCGUCUAAACCUUUGAAACCUUCGGAGAAAUCGUCUUCCCGGUACAUGUAA